GUGAAAAUCAGAUUAUAUCACUAUACAUUCUACUAUAAACAUGUGUACACAUUCUAGGGAAUGAGGAAAGUGAUAGAAACAUCCUUACCACCCCACAGCAUUUUGGGGCAUUAACUUAAUAUUUUAUACUUAAAUGUAAGUUGUGGUCCUAGUUGUAAAGCUGGCAUGUUAAGUACUCCGUGUAUGUCAUAUUUAAGGAAAUAGAUGUGAUGUGAACUAAUGGGCAUAGGGUUUCUUUUGCGGGUGAUGAAAAUAUACCUUAAAUUCACCAGUUUAGAAUGUGUAACUCAGUGGGUAUAUUUAUAGAGUUAUGCAGCCAUUAUCACAAUCUAAGUGUAUAGUACUUUCAUCACCCCAAAAAGAAACCCCAUGCCUAUUAGCAGUUUGCUGAUUUUUCUCCCCCCUCCCAAUCCUGGACAACCAUUCUGUCUCUGUAGAUUUGCCUAUUCUGGACAUUGCAUAUAAAUGGAAUUAUGCAAUAUGUGGUAUUACACUUAGCAUAAUGUUUCCAAGAUUCGCCCAUGGUGUAGCAUAUAUUAGCACUUCAUUCCUUUUUACUGCUGAGUAACAUUCCAUUCAUUGUGUGGAUAUACCUCAUUUUAUUCGUCCAUUUAUCAGUUUGUGGACAUCUAGGUUGUUUCAAAUUUUUUGCUAUUGUGAAUAAUGCUGGUGUGAACAUUCGUGUGCAAGGUUUUGUGUGGAGUUAAGGUUUUGUUUUCUCUUGAGUAUAUACCUGGGAGUGGAAUUGCUAGAUUGUAUGGUAAACCUAGACCUCAAUAAUCUUAGGUAGCUUUUUUUUUAAAAUAUUUUAUUUAUUUAUUUAUUUUGGCGGCACCGGGUCUUAGUUGUGGCACAUGGGAUCUUCCUUGUGGCGUGAGGGAUCUUUUAGUUGAGGCAUGUGGACUUCUUAGUUGCUGCAUGUGGACACUCAGUUGCAACAUGCAUGCGGGAUCUAGUUCCCUGACUAGGGAUUGAACCCGGGCCCCCUGCAUUGUGAGUGAGGAGUCUUACCCACUGAACCACCAGGGAAGUCCCUCGGGUAGCUUUUUUAAAGACAUUUUGUGAAACUGCCAAAUGGUUUUCCAAAGUAUUCAUACCAUUUUACCUUCCCAUAAACAGCGUUAAAUGGUUCCACUUUCUCCACAUCUUUGCCAACACUUAAACUGGCUUUUUUCAAAACUAUGGUUAUCCUAGUGAGUGUACAGUAGUAUCUCAUGGUUUUGAUUUGCAUUUCCGUAGUGAUUAAUGGUCUGGAGCAUCUUUUCAUGUGUGUGUUGGCUAUUUGUAUAUGCUUAAGCCUUGAAGAGUACAGGGUUUAGGGACCCCACCCCCACACACUAGGAAAUAUGCAUAGAACUUUACCGUUGCCCUGCCCUCUGUAUACAAGGUUCUACAUCUGUGGAUUCAACCCACUGCAGUUGCUAAGGCACUGUAGUAUGUAUUUAUUGAAAAAAAAUCUAAGUUGUAGGACGUCUUUAUAUAUUCUGGGUAAUAAUCGCUUAUCAGAAAAAUAAUUUGGGAGUAUUUUCUUCCAUUCCAUUGCUUGUCUUUUUCACAUUCUUGAUGGUGUCAUUUGUAGCACAUGUAUCCAAUUUAUUAAUAUUUUUCUUUUGUCACUUGUGCUUUGGUAUAUCUAAGAAAGCAUUGCCUGAUCCAAAGUUAUGAAGAUUUAUUGCUGUAUUCUUAUAGGAGUUUUUUAAAAUAGCUUUAGCUCUUACAUUUUGUCCUGUGAUCCAUUUUCAGUUACUUUUGGUUUGUGGUGUUAAAGAGGGAGGGAUGGACUUCAUUUUUUUGCAUGUGAUUAUAUGGUUGUCCCAGCACUAUUAGGUGAAAAGACUGUUUAUUGAAUUAUCUUGACACUCUUGUUGAAAAAUCAGUUGACCAUAAAUAUAAUGUUUAUUUCUGAACUCUUUGUUCUUUUCCACAACCUGUAUGUCUUUAUGCAAUACCACAGUCUUGAUUACUGUAGCUUGUAAGUUUUGAAUUCAGGAAGUAUGAGUCUUUCCAACUUUGUUCUUCUUUUUCAAGGUUGUUUUGGUUAUUCUCUGUCCCUUGCAUUUCCAUAUGAAUUUUAGGAUCAGCUGGUCAGUUUCUGCAAAAAAGAAGCUGGGAUUUGACAGGGAUUGUGUGAAUCUGUAGAUCAAUUUGGAGAAUCAGGCCAUCUUCAUAGUAUUCUUCUAUAAUAUUAGUUUUUGUUUGUUUAGCCAUCUGAAGAAAAGUGAUUUUUUUAAGGUUUAUGUGGUAUGAUAGAAUACAUAUGCAACAUUAAUGUUCUUAUUUCACAGUACUAUGAUUGUUUAUUAUGGGCUGGUAGGAGCUGAAUAUGUAAGGGAGAGUUGAACACCAACAUUUGAAAUGCUAAGGGUAUUUUAAACUAUAAAUUGAUUUUUUUUUCAUUUUUGUAACAAAUUCAUAAUGAUGAGGUACUCCUCAAUAAAUAAAUUUUAAAAUGCCAAAUUGUGUUAUGCAUAUUAAAUGUAUUUAAGUAUAAUGUAAUUACUCUGGAAAUCAAGCCCUGUUCUCUUCAUCAGUACUAUUUUUCAGCAAUACUGAAUACUAGUAUUUUUUCAGUCUUUAUUAAGCCAGCUCUUUUUAAAAUGUAACUAGAUGUUCCAAAUAACAUCCAAGCUGAAGAUUUGUUUAAAUUCUCAACAUAAAAUUUCUUACGUUGACAGUAUUACACUCACACAUAAUUAUAUGGGUAGGAAAACAGCUAAAAUGCCAGAGUGAGUUAAUGACAUUUUCUGUAACACUGAAAUGUCAGUCUUUUCAGUGCAGUAAAAUUAAGGGUUUAAACCCCUUUUUAACAUUGUACUGGAAUUUUGGUUUAAUUUGUUGAAGCUUGGUGAUCUUUCUUAGUAACAAACGGACAUUUUGACCUAUUCCGUUUUCUUCUUUGUUGGGGGGCUGUUUUUCUUCAUAUCUAAGUUUUUACUUUACUUUUCCUGUUCUGGGAUCCUCUUUCUGUGAGUCUUUGCUGAAGUUAAACCAUUACCACUUUUCCGUAACUAUAGCCAUAGGCAAGUGAGUUCCAGAUUCAGACUGUGGUAUCUAGAACUAGCUGGAUAUUUAUUAAUGAAACGUCUUCAAGGCACAGAAAAUAGUUACUCCUAUUCUUAGGGGACAGGAAGUGUUGGGGCAGUUAAGGGACAAGGCAGAAAUGGCCUCACCAGCCUGUAGGACCUAAAGAUGAAACCUAAGAAAAGAUUAGAAAAAGCUGGUUGAUGAUGUAUUAGCAAAUAGAAAGCAGACUUGGAGGUCUUUGCUUCUGUUAAGGGCUUUUUUGCAUUAGGAGAUUUAAAGUUGAAGAGUAAUAAAACAGCUAUGGCUAGUUCUUAAAUAAAAAUGUAUACACAAAGUGUAUGCAGAAAAUUAACUACUAAAAGAAUAAAGACCAGAAUGAUUUAUUUGAAACUGAUUUUGAUGUAGCCAUUUUCAGUGACUUAGAAAUCACCCAAGCUUUUUGUUAUUGCAAACUGACCUUGCCUCCAACUAUCAAGGUUGAAGGCAGCAACGGAGAGUGAAGAAUGUCAGCAGUGAGGGCAUCAUGAGCAGAAGGGGGAGACAGCGGCCAGGAAUGGGCAGGAGGAGAAAGAUGGAGAAGGAAGGGAGUCAGAUCAAGAGGUAGGAAUGGAAACAUACAAAGGAAUAGAAUAAGAGAAGAAUGUAAAAACAGCUGGAGGGAGAAGGGAAGAGAGGAGUACAAGUGUAAUCAUUGAAGUAAAGUCAGGUGUCAUCAUUUCAGUGUUUGAAUCUGCUUAUUAGUUAGGACUACAAUGAACCCUUUAAAGAAUGGAGUUUAACUGUGGAAGAAAGAAGGUGAGCGAGAAAGAAGGGAAUUUUGAUGAGCAUGUUAAAUCACUUUUUAAAUUUAAGAUCAACCCUAAAAAUACACAACUUUUGUUUCAUUUUGCAGCAUAGUAAUAAUAAUAUUUCAGUCAUAUUACAAUGGGGCACUAUUCUAAGUGCUUUACAUAUAUUGAUUCAUUUAAUCCUUACCACAACUUAAUAAGCAGAUACUAUUUCUCCCAUUUUACAGAUGCGGAAACUGAGCCACAAAGAGAAUAAGUAAUUUGCCUAGGCUAGUCAGAUAACAGCCAGGAUUCCACUGAGGCAGUCUGACUACUGUGCUACAGCUGGCUUCAUCACCUCUACCUCCCCCUCUCCAUCAUUUGUAUGCCCUGAUGGAGUAAGAUGUUUGCAGGCAGUAGAGGAGGAAAUGUGAAUGGAGGUAGUGGAUUUCACCAGGAACUUUGGAAGAGUGUUGGGUAUUAGUUGCACUGGAGGAGGAUGAGAAUUGAGCCCUAUUUAGAGGGAGAACAGAAAGACUUCUGUGAGGAGUGUGGACUGUCUUCUAAGGAGAAGAGCUAUGUGGUUUGAAAGUGCUUCUUGAUAUUGAGGUUUACAAAAAGUCUGAAGAGGAUGGAGCUGUGACUGGGAGUCCUAAGAGAUUUUACCAAGAAAAACUCAUUGGAGACUUUUAGAAGUGCCCUUUAGGCAAAUAAUAUCACCUACUGCAUUAUUUUUGGCUGCAAAAGUAGAAGAACAGGCUCGAAAACUUGAACAUGUUAUCAAAGUAGCACAUGCUUGUCUUCAUCCCCUAGAGCCACUGCUGGAUACUAAAUGUGAUGCUUACCUUCAGCAGACUCAAGAACUGGUUUUACUUGAAACCAUAAUGCUACAAACCCUAGUGCUUUUCAUUUCAGGUUUUGAGAUCACCAUUGAACACCCACACACAGAUGUGGUGAAAUGUACCCAGUUAGUAAGAGCAAGCAAGGAUUUGGCACAGACAUCCUAUUUCAUGGCUACCAACAGUCUGCAUCUUACAACCUUCUGUCUUCAGUAUAAACCAACAGUGAUAGCAUGUGUAUGCAUUCAUUUGGCUUGCAAAUGGUCCAAUUGGGAGAUUCCCGUGUCAACUGAUGGAAAACAUUGGUGGGAAUAUGUGGAUCCUACAGUUACUCUGGAAUUACUAGAUGAGCUAACACAUGAGUUUCUACAAAUAUUGGAGAAAACGCCUAGUAGGUUGAAGAGGAUUCGAAACUGGAGGGCUAAUCAGGCGGCUAAGAAACCAAAAGUAGAUGGACAAGUAUCAGAAACACCACUUCUUGGUUCAUCUUUGGUCCAGAAUUCCAUUUUAGUAGAUAGUGUUACUGGUGUGCCUACCAACCCAAGUUUUCAGAAACCAUCUACAUCAACAUUCCCUGCACCAGUACCUCUAAAUUCAGGAAAUAUUUCUGUUCAAGACAGCCAUGCAUCUGAUAAUUUGUCAGUGCUAGCAACAGGAAUGCCAAGUACCUCAUAUGGUUUGUCAUCACACCAAGAAUGGCCUCAACAUCAAGAGUCGGCAAGGACAGAACAGAUAUAUUCACAGAAACAGGAGACAUCUUUGUCUGGUAGCCAGUACAGCAUCAACUUCCAGCAGGGACCUUCUGUAUCACUGCAUUCAGGACUACAUCACAGACCUGACAAAAUUUCUGACCAUUCUAAUAUUAAGCAAGAUUAUACUCAUAAAGCAGGAAGCAGUAAACACCAUGGGCCAAGUUCUGCUACUCCUGGAGUAAUUCCUCAGAAAAUGUCUUUAGAUAAAUACAGAGAAAAACGUAAGCUAGAAACCCUUGAUCUGGAUGCAAGGGAUCAUUAUAUAGCUGCCCAGGUAGAACAGCAACACAAACAUGUACAGUCCCAGGCAGCCAGCGGCAGUUCUGUAACCUCUCCCAUUAAAAUGAAAAUUCCCAUUACAAAUGCUGAAAAACCUGAAAAAUAUAUGGCAGAUAAGAAGGAAAAGAGUGGAUCACUGAAAUUACGGAUUCCAAUACCACCCACUGAUAAAAGUGUCAGUAAAGAAGAACUGAAAAUGAAGAUAAAAGUUUCUUCCUCAGAAAGACACAGCUCUUCUGAUGAAGGCAGUGGGAAGAGCAAGCAUUCCAGCCCGCAUAUUAGCAGGGACCAUAAGGAGAAGCACAAGGAGCAUCCUUCCAACCGCCACCACCCCAGCAGUCACAAGUAUUCCCACUCAUACAGUGGCAGCAGCAGUGGUGGCAGCAAGCACAGUGCUGAUGGGAUACCACCCGCUGUUCUGAGGAGUCCUGUUGGCCUGAGCAGUGAUGGCAUUUCCUCUAGUUCCAGCUCUUCAAGGAAGAAGCUGCAUAUCAAUGAUGCAUCUCACAACCAUCACUCCAAAAUGAGCAAAAGUUCCAAAAGUUCAGGUAGUUCAUCUAGUUCUUCCUCCUCUGUUAAGCAGUAUGUAUCCUCUCACAACUCUGUUUUUAACCAUCCCUUACCCCCUCCUCCCCCUGUCACAUACCAGGUGGGCUACGGACAUCUCAGCACCCUCGUGAAACUGGACAAGAAGCCAGUGGAGACCAACGGUCCUGAUGUCAAUCACGAGUACAGUACAAACAGCCAGCAUAUGGACUACAAAGACACAUUCGACAUGCUGGACUCGCUGUUAAGUGCCCAAGGAAUGAACAUGUAAUCAUUUGUUUAGGUCAAUUUUUCCUUUACUUUUUUAAUUUAAAAAUUGUUAGAAUGGAAAACUUCCUCCUGAUCUAGCAGUGGUAACACCUGCUGUUACUGCCACUGCUUCAAUAUUUGUAAGUGCUGCUUUAUUCUUCAUUCUGAAAAGAAGAGAUUAUAGUAAACAAGUCUUUAUCUCCACAUAUGAUAGUGUUAUAAAUACUGUAAAAGCAUGGAAGGUGCAAAACUCAGUAUUUCUACAAUUGCAGCUAAGAACAUUAGGGUGAAUGGCUGGCUGCUUCUAGGAAUAUAAGAUGCCUCAAGCAUUCGUUUAUUUAUAAUUUGAAUACUGUAGCUAUUUUUUGUUGUUGCUUGGCUUUUGAAUGAGUGUAAAUUGUUUUCUUUUGUGUAUUUAUACUCGUAUGUAUGAUUUGCAUGUUUCAAUGAUAAAGGGAUAAAACAGUAUACUGACAACUGUUUACAAGAAAGUGGAGAAAAAUGUACAUACAUUUUUGUAUGUUUAGAUAUUACCAUAAAUACUCAGGAUUGGAGCUGCUUGUAAGUAUAACAAUAUACAGAAUAACUUUAUUUUAUCUUGUCAGAGUCCAUCACUAAUCUAAAACAAAGGUGGCACUUUUUCAUGUUAACCUUAAACUCUAGGCCUUACUGGAAGCCACUGAAGGGGGACACUUCACUACCAGAUGGGUAUGCAGUGCCACAGAUGGUCAUUUACACUGUGAGGCACUGAUUCUGCCUUCAGAGGUUCUGACCAGAUUGGCUGCUGAAAUAGCCCCUAAUUUUCUGAAGGCUUGAAGAGGAAAAAAUAAAGUUUACAUACUCUUGAUGUGAAGUGCAUUUAAGUGUUUGUUGGCUUGUUGCAGUACUAUAAACACAGAGCUGUUAAUAAUGGUUAUGUAGAUUACUGUGAUUUGAAAACUAAAUUCACAGAAACUUACAUUAGUGAAGAAUUAGUAAGUCUUUUUCUUAAAUAGAGAACUUUAACACUACGUAUUUUAACAGUAAACAGGAAUCGCUUUUCCUUUAGCGUUCAGAAGGACACCAUGUUCUUAAACAUACUCCUCCCCUGAAGCGUGUUUGUGUGUGAUGCCAUAUUUCUUUUUCAGGUAAAUGCAGUCUUCCUUAUAAAAAUGAAAUUAAACUUAUUGCUCUUUCAGUUCUUUUAUAUUCUAACAAUAAAUAAAACAAAAAGAUCACUGACUGUGCAUUGUACCUGUAUUUAUAGCUUAUGGUUGUUAACAGGAAGCUCACUGAGAAAAAAAAAAGGUAAGCCUCCAGGUAAACAGCUAGUGGAGGUUUUACAUUUGUUUGCACAUCUCAGUAUAUUCCUGUUGAAGUCAAGUUUGCACAGUCUUCUGACUUCGGAACAAACAAUAGACUUUAACUUGUUUAAAAUUUGUCUUAAAUGCCGGUAACAUGGCUCUGGUUUAUCAGCUAAUCUUCAAUUCUGUGGUAAAUCUUUGGGCUGUUGAGUAUCUUUGAGAUAGGUUGAAUUCAACUUCUGUUGAAUUGAAAACUGUCUUAAUUUUUCCUCUAUGUAUAUGAAUUAUUUUUGUUACAAAGCCACUGAUAUGUGCACAAUUGUAAUUUUACUCAAGUAUGUUGCAGUUGUAAAUAUUAGAGAGUUUAAUCUCGUGCUCUACUCUUAUUUAGCAAUUACCUGAUUUGCCAGUAGCUUUAUAAUUUUUUUUUUUAAGAUAAUUGUUCAUUAUUUUGUCAAUGUUAUUUGAACUUAGGAUACUAGGAUCCUCUUUCUAGGGACUUUGCCUAGCUAGCAUGUCCUAACUUUGUUCUUGUCUGGCAUAACUUUAGUAAUCUUUGUCAUUACAUGUAACUUUGUUACUCUGUAUGACAUAUUAUUGUAUCCAUAAACAUGGUAAUUUUGAUACAGUUAUACUUUUACAGUGGUACAUAAUCCAAGGACUAGUAUAGAAUUAAGAUGAGUGCAAGAUGAGGGAGGGAAGGGUUUUGUUCUUGGUAAUUUAGAUGUGAAACCUCUAAGGAGCUAUCAUGUGAAACGACGUAGGGUGAUUGUGCUACUGUAUAAUUGGGGUGAUAAUACCAGGAAUUUUAAUAAGAUUUUGUAAAGAAUAUCCAGAAAAGUAGUGAACUUAUUUUCAGUAUGACAUAGAAAACAAUGUGAAUAUUUAAGGUCUGUGACUAUACUUCACUAAGAAUUUGCAGAAUUGUUUUGAGAUGUGAGAAUAAAGGUAAUUUUGUUGAAUCUUUAUUGGUGCUAAUGAUGGACAGUUAAAAAGGUAGCUAGUGUAUAUUGUUAUGGGUCAGUACUUAUUAGUACUUCCAAAAUCGAAUUUGAAAUGCUAUGUAUUCACUUUUCACUCUGUAAAUGUAAUUCUUUACAAUGACUUUAUUUAUUAAAGGGCAGCCAGUUGUAAUUUUUA